UCUCCUUCGCCCUUUUGGCCUUUUCCUUCCAAUUCUAGAGAGGGAGAGAGAGGGAGAGAGAGAGAGAGAGAGAGAGAGUUGGGGUUAGAGAGAGAAAGAGCAUCGGAAAAUAUAAACAAAUUUGUUUCUUUGAUAUCUGCUUGCAGUAAUCUACUGGAUCGAUCGAUCUUGGCCGAUAAUUUUCUGAGAUUUUUUGAGCAAAGGUGAUAGGUUCUAUGGCCACCAAAUGGACAGACGAGAAACACAGGCUCUAUCUUGAUUCCAUAGAAGCAUCAUUUGUGAAGCAGUUGUACAACAGUGAAUAUAGCUCAAAUGAUCUGCUUGGUUCAUCUUCAAGAACUCAAAUACACAGAACUUCAUCUUGUUCUGAAUCUUCCAAUCUCAAAAACCAGUCAUUUGGUCAGUUUAAGGUUCUACGUAGGGGCUGCUGGGGGAAACUUAAAUCUGAAAGGGCUGACACCCGGUAUGAGAACGAAUCCCAAAAGCUUCCAGCAGGUCCUUGGAUUCAGCAUUUCAAGUCAAAUUCUGCUGCCAGAGAGCCUCAUGCAACUUCAGAAGAUCAGAUGGUUGAGAAGAACCAGGUUAACCAGUCAAACAACUCAAUAUAUUGGAGGCAUGGAAGAAAAGCAACUACUUCAAAGCAGCCACCACCAUUUUUCUCACAGAAAGUCAAUAAAGUGUCUGUUGGAAGUAUUACAGAGGUUUCAGACCAGAACUUCGCAUACAUGGAGGAUGAGAGAGCGGAAGAGUUGAAGAAAAGUUGUGGUGCGAAAAGAGCUAGAAAUGCAGCAUCCUCAGUCAGGGAUCAAGUUGUUCCGUUUGUGGGUCCAAUUCCGGAGCGAACUGCAGGUUUGAAAGAGAACAAUGAAGAAUAGCCACGAAAUAAUCCAAACCUUGCGGGUGGGUGAUUCAAGUGUGGAAGGUGACAGUUUAUAACUAGAAGAAAGAUGAUAAAGAAUGAAUUAAGCUACCAUUUACAUAUGUGAAGUAGUUUCAUUGAGAAAGAUUGGAUGGAGUUUUUCGAGGUCAGAUGCGAAUAAGUUCAUUUUGAGCGGUCGUCAUACUUGAAAUGCGAGGGGAAAUAUGACUGAUUUUCAUAAGUACAGCCACAGUACAUGUUUCUUUAAGUUUCAUAGGUAAUCUCUGUAGUGAUUAGUUUCCAGUUCGUAUCAGGUGAUGCUGUUGCUUGUGAGAGUAUGGAAUAUUGUUUUUGCAAAGUGCAUGGAAGAGCUUCCUGAAUAUAUUAUGUUGUAAAUUACUCUAAUAGGCUUGAUAUUCAGUCGAGGAGGACAAUAUUGCUUUGCCUGUAAAUUUAUUGAAAUUAGGAACUUGUCA